GCCGGCUCCGCCACCGCCGCCCCGCGGGCCGCGAGGGGCGGCAGAGCCCGGCCGGCGGCCCCGGCAGCGCUCCCGGCCGGCUCGGGCGAGCCCAUGGUGCCGGGCACCGCGACCUGCAGCCGCCGCCGCCGCGCCUGCCUGCCCGGUGCGGAGCUCAGCCCGGCGCGGAGCAGAGGAGGGGCCCAUUAGCAGCCGCGGAGGAGGCGGAGGGGAUGCCGGAGAGACACAAAGCCGGCGGGGGAAGCAGCCCACGGCUCGUCCCGGGAUGGGGGCGCCGCGCCGGGUCCGCCUGAUGGUGCUGCCGCGGGUGCUCUGGGGCUCCGUCCCCCUCAUCCUCCUGCUGCUGCCCGCGGCCGAGCCCAUCUGCCCCGAGCCAUGCGACUGCCAGCAGCACCAGCACCUCCUCUGCACCAACCGGGGCCUGCGCUCCGUGCCCAAGACUGCCGAGCCGCAGGAUAUCCUCACCUACAGCCUCGGGGGCAACUUCAUCGCCAACAUCUCCGCCUUCGACUUUCACCGCCUGGCAGGGCUCCAGCGCCUGGACCUGCAGUACAACCGGAUCCGCUCGCUGCACCCCAAGGCCUUUGAGCGCCUGGAGCGGCUGGAGGAGCUUUACUUGGGCAACAACCUGCUGCCAGCGCUGGCCCCUGGCACGCUCAGCACCCUGGCCAAGCUGCGCAUCCUCUAUGUGAACGCCAACGAGAUCGGCCGUCUCAGCGCUGCCUCCUUCUCCGGCCUCGGCAGUCUUGUCAAGCUGCGACUGGAUGGCAAUGAGUUGGGCUCGCUGGGCGAUUCCACUUUCUCAGGGCUGCCAAACUUACUCUAUCUGCACCUGGAGUCCAACCGCAUCCGCUGGCUGAGUCGCGGCGCCUUCACUGGCCUGGCCAAGUUGCGCUUCCUCGACCUCUCAGGGAACCAGCAGAGCUCCCUUCGCCACCCAGACAUCUUUGGGCCGCUGCGCUCCCUUCACACCCUGCUGCUGGCCAGCAACAGCCUGCGGCAGCUGACGGGGGGGCUCUUCCAGCACCUGCCCGGCUUGGCGAAGCUCUCACUCAGUGGCAACCGACUGUCUCACCUGGCCCCGGAUGCUUUCAGGGGGCUGGGCUCCCUGAAGGAGCUGCGCCUGGAGGGGAACCUGCUGAGCCACCUACCUGCCACCCUUCUGGAGCCGCUGGACAGCCUGGAGGCACUGGAUCUGAGCCGCAAUGCACUGACCGCCCUGCACCCGGCCGCCUUCGGCCGCCUCGGCCGCUUGCGGGAGCUCAGCCUGCGCGACAACGCACUGGCCACGCUCCCCGGCGAGCUCUUCGCCUCCAGCCUGGCCCUCUACCGCCUGGAGCUGGAGGGGAAUGCCUGGAGCUGCGACUGCCGCCUUCGCGGCCUCAAGCGCUGGCUGGCGGCCUGGCACUCCCAGGGCCGCCUGCUCACCGUCUUCGUGCAGUGCCACCUGCCACCCGCCCUGGCCGGCAAGUACCUCGACUACCUGCAGGAUGCCCAGCUGUCGCUGCCGCAGGACGGCGGCCCCUGCCCCGACGGUGCCUCUCCCUCCCCGCCAUCCCCCGAGGGACUCGGUGGCAACAACAGCGCAGCGGGGCUGCCCCCAGGGCCACCUCCGGCCGCCUCCACCGCCCGCCUGAUGAUGGGGGUGCCCAUGGCCGCCAGCCCCACGCCGGCACCGCUGCCCAGCGCAGCGGCGUGGCCCCGACGGGCCGGUGCCAACGGGGUUCCGCCGCUGGUGUCCGACCCGUGCGACUUCAACAAGCUGUUCCUGCACAACCUGUCGGUGGAGGCGGUGGGCUCCAGCUGGGUGACGGUGCGCUGGGCCGUGCGGCCGCACCGCAGCCCCCGCCUGCUGGGGCCGGCACGAUUCCGCCUCCUCUUCGACCGCUUCGGCGCCGCCGUCAAGUUCCAGCGCUUCGUGUACUUGCCGGAGCGCGGGGAGCCGGCGGCCACGCUGCGGGAGCUCCGCCCGGACACCCCGUACCUCGUCUGCGUCGAGGGCGUCCUGGGCGGCCGCGUGUGCCCGGUGGCGCCGCGGGAUCACUGCGCCGGGCUGGUCACGCUGCCCGAGGGCGGCACCGCGGCGGCGGCGGGCGGGCCCCGCGGCCCCGACCAGCAGCUGCUGACGCUGGUGCUGCUGGCGGUGAACGCGCUGCUGCUGCUGGCGGCUCUGGCCGCCUGGGCCGCCCGCCUGCUGCGCAAGAAGGUGCUGGGCCGUCGGCGUCGGAAGGCGGCCCCGGUCCACGUGCGGCAGCUCUACUCCACACGCCGCCCGCUCCGCUCCAUGGGCACUGGAGUCUCCGCCGACUUCUCGGGCUUCCAGUCCCACCGGCCGCCCCGCGGCGCCGCCGCCUGCGCCCUCAGCGAGGCCGACCUCAUCGAGUUCCCCUGCGAGCGCUUCAUGGACAGCGGCGGCGGCCGGCACGGGGACGAGCACCUGCUGCAGCGCUUCGCCGACUGAGGGGCCCGGAGGCGCGGCGGGGGAAGGCGGCCCUCGGCCUGCGGGGCCACGGUGCGGGCCCAGGGCUCGCGGCCUCCGAGGCGCUGCGUUCAGUCGCCCUUCGUGCGGGCUGGGGCUGAGGCUGCCUGUAGGAUGGGGGUAC